UGUCAUUGAGCAGCUGCUGAGUGCAGUCUAUUUUUCUUACAAAAAGUUGAGAAAAAGAAACGAAAGCAUUAGUAGAAAUCAAUUUCAGCUGGUUUUCAUUAAAGCGUUGUUUGGGUUUAACUUACGUCAUCUACCAAAAUGUUUAAAAAGCCCAGUUCCGGUAAAAAAACCAACUUGUCGCAGUUUGGUCUACUAGACGUAGAUAUAGAUGACGAUGGUGACGAGCCAAUGGAUCUCUCCGACGAUGACGUGGACUUGGAAGCAGAGCUGGCAGCCAUUAGCGGAGGUGGACCAAAACGCCACCGGCCAAGGAAGCCCGCUCCGGUCGCCUCAGCCAAUCUAGACGCCAUGAUUGCUGCGAGCUUGAAAGAUAUUCCAUCUGAUGAGGAGGAUACUGGUAAGAUGAUCUUGGAUAAUGCCAAGAGGAUGAUCUGUCAUCAAUUGAUGCUAGAAAGCAAAUACAAAUGUUUGGAGAUUGCAAAUAAUGUAUCUAGCAACAGCUAG